AUGAACGCCGAGAACCAUCCAAGAAAAUCAUCGUCAGGAGAGGGUGAUAGUAUUAUUGUAUCGAGUCAUUCCGUAAAUGUAAUCGUUGAUUCAUCAUCACACAAUAUACUCUCACAACAACCCUCCAUUGUGGUUGAAGGCUCUUCAGAAUCCAAUGAGCUGAAUCAUCAUCAUCGACAAAGCACUUCUUCCAACCCCGAAAACAAACAAACAAUCCAUAACAACCACAUCAUUCCUCCACAUUCUAUAUCAUAUUCGGAACCAAUCUCGCCCACAGAAUCUCAUCAUGUUACAGGUUUUUUAGAAACUCCUACUGGAAGAAGAAACCCAGUUUCCGUUCUUCGAAGCGCUCGUGGAAACUUUGGCAGUACUUCUUCUAUCAUGGCAACACGAGGAAAAUCUGUCGCUUCACAAAUUGGGGCAAACACAACGAAAAGUACUGAUGUAAUUUCUCAUAAUACUUCCGAACCUAUUCUCACCAUUAAUGUAGAAGUUUAUGAUAAUAUUUCCCUAUUAUCAAAAUAUGCCCAAAGCCAUCUAGGAGGAAUAACAACAGCAGAGGCAAAACAAAUAUUAUUUCAAUCGCUAGAAGAAACAAUAUUUAGGAUAGAAAGUCGCACAGGUAAUUCUGUACAUUCUUCUGUACUGGAUGUACUUUUUCGAAAAAGUCCUAUUAGAGGCGGAAUGCUUUUUCUUCUAGUUUUAUUUUCAUGUUUACUUUUAUAUCUAUCUGGUAUUCUCAAAUUUUCUGGAAUACCAUUCUAUGACCAAUAUGGUGCAAUUAGAUUGGUGGUAGAGGCGUCCAUAUUAACUUUUAGUUUGCUCUUCUUUUUUGUGGUCACCGUUGUGUCACAUUACCGAAGGAAUCGAGUAGUCAUUAGUUUACUCAAACAUAAAUUUUCGAACCUAAAGAAACACGAUUUUAACUUUUCAAUGAAAAGCAAGGAUGGAAAUAUAUUUGAGGGAAUUAACAUGAUCCCCUAUAAAAUGAUAUUCGUUCUGAGAGAUAAAGCAUGGAGCAAGAUGCCUCAUGUACUGCUUGUGAAAGGUGAUUUAAUUUAUACAGCCAAUACAAAAAGGGAUCUAGAAGAAAGUCAUAUCAAAUAUGAACUGGUGGAUAGAGUUGGGCUCUAUCGAGUUUUAGAAACACCAAUGAGCCAAUACAUUGAAGACUCUUACACCGACUACAGAAAUCAACAAGAAAAAAUGCCUUUGAAAAUUAAGCUUAAUAACUUGAUAUCCGUCCUAACCAUUGUUGCAUAUAUCGGCUUUGUUCUCACAGUAAUAUGCAAUGUGAUACGGAUUGGUGUGGAGGGUGGAUCCUAUGAUUGGAUUACUCUCGGUUUGGUUCAACCUGUCUAUGUGAGCUUAGUAGCCUUACCGAUUGCAUUUCCAGGUUAUUGGCUGCUUUGUCUGUCUGCCUCAAACUCUCGAUUAUUAUCGUUAUUCGAAAUUUUAAUGAAACCAUUGAAGAAUGAAACAAGUUCGGGUCAUCAAAAGCGAGUGCAAAUAACAGAAGAAAAUAGACACAAACCCAUGAAGAUUCCUAUUGGAACGCAAUUGAAAAAUUUUUUCAAAGUCAUUACCACUGCAAACGCUAGAUAUUAUGACAAUUUGACAGUACUUGGAACCAUUACUGCAUUAUGCUUUAUUAACAGAACAGGACUUUUAGCAGAUUUGUUAUAUGCACCUGAAAAAAUUUUGUUUAUGAAAGGAGAGGAUGAUGGCAGACACAUGGCUGGAGAUAUAGGUGCAGUCAGUGGAAUGGACAUUUCUGAAGAUCAAUAUUCUGAGAUUAAUCCACAAACAUCAUCGAAAUAUCCACAGAGAGAACGAAGAAACAGCACACCAAGUCAAGCAGCUUCAGUUUAUAAUAAUCCAGAAGACUCCACCGAUUUAGCAAGUGAAAUUGAGCUGAAAGAAACUGAUAAAAAUUUCAAAAGCCAAGGAAAUUUAGGAAUGGGUGAUGAGGUGGAUGAAAUGGUUGGAAAUGUUGCUAAUGAUGAAGUCCUUCCUUCAGAGCCAGCAAUUCCUGAGCGGAUCGAAGAAAACACCAAUACUAUUGCCGCUACUAAAAAGACUGAAAAGCCAGUUGAUAGCCUUCCCAAAGAUGAAUUAUCAUCACACGAAAACCCAUCUGGAAUACUAGUGACUGAUGUAACCUCUCAUCAUGCCAUUCACACGGAAAAACCAGAGGAAAUCAUUACUUUAGACGUACUGUUCGAUAGAACUGCUUCAAGAGAAGUGGACGUUAUUCGAUUUUCUGAUCCAAAUUGGAUGUCUCAUACCAAUUCCUUAAAACCGCUUGGUUUAAGUCUUUUGGUGACUGGCUCAUCACCAUUACCUGAUUUUGACAAAACGGAGGGAAUGCUAGACGCAAAAUCCCAUCUGUGGAAAAAGUAUGCUUACUUGCUUGGAAAAGAAAUCGGUUUUUCUGAUAGUGUGAUUGAGUCAUUUAGCUUUAAGAAACGUCUUCAUACACAAUCAGCAAAAGGUGAAAUGAGUUCUAUUAUUGUGGAAUAUGACAAACAAGAAAAGCAAUUGCAUUCAUUUGGAGAUCCAGAAUUGCUAAUUGAAUACUGUUCUGACUAUUACUCAGGAACUGAUAUUAGACCUCUCAACAAGCAUUUGAAAGACAACAUUUUAGAAACGGUAAAGAACUGGAGAGAACGAAGAGAUUUAUAUUGCUUGGCCAUUUCUUACACACCUAUUGACCAGAAAUAUGAGCAUAUAGUGAAUGGAAAAGGAGAUAUCAUCAACAUUUCACGAAAAGAGACUACUACGACUGUAAAUAUUUCUCAUGCUUUGUCUCCGUCUGCAACACCACUUGAUGAACAUUCUGAAGGUGAUAUAUUCGACAGUGAAAAAUACAUCAAUGCUGCAGAGCAUAUGCAACGAGGACAGAUUUUGUUAGGAGUGGCUGCUUUUAGGCAACAACCGAAGAGAGACUUGGCUGAAUUUGUUCGAGAUUUACAAGAAAAUUGUGGAAUUAGGUUCAUCCACUUUUCUCAGUACAAUACGCAAAAAACCAAAGCAUUUGGCUCAAAAAUUGGAAUGGAAGUCGAUUGGAAUUGUUGCAUUUCUUUAAACGAAAAAGAAGUAGAAUUGGAUUUAGAAGAUUUGAAGGCAAAGCUGCCACAUGGUAUUGAAAACAUUAGAGAUCAUUUGAAAACUGUUGAUGAUGUACCCUUACUAGUUUCUCUCUUUUCAGACAGCACACCUGUCUCAACCAAAGAAAUGAUUGAGGUACUACAGGAGAAUCAUGAAGUUGUAUGUUGUGUUGGAUCGUCAAUCAAUAUUAACAACUCGAGAUCGUUCAACCAAGCAAAUAUUUCUGUUGCUGUAGAUCCAAGUACUCAACAACAUUUAAGGCCUAUGGAUUUUGAUAAUCUUCAAGAGGAAGUUUCAGAUUUACAGGAAGAUAUCUCUCCAUUCCUAUCAUAUCCUUGUGCUCUUCAUAUUACUACUCAUCAGUCAGAAACUCCAAUUUCAUCCUUCUCGGUCAUUUACCAUCUCAUUAAGGAAGGUAGAAAAAUGGUGCACAACAUUAGACAAUCUCUUGCUUUCCUUUUUGCAUCAUGUAUGUGUCUGUUUUUCAUUCAACUUUUAUCAGUGGUGAUGGCACUUCCUUCUACACUUUUUACUGGAAUUCAAUUUCUUUGGCUCAUACUUGUGAUCAUUCCGCUCAUGUCCUUCUCACUGUUGGGGACUCCUAUGGAACCAAAAAUUAUGGAUUUAAUUUCUUCCAAGAACGAAUUCAAGAGAAGCAAGUAUAUUUGGAAGUUAUUGUUAACCAUGUUAAGAUUCUGCUUUCCUAUACCAGCUGCCUUUGUUGUUUACUUUUGGACCAUCAUGUGUAUGAAUGAUACAGUUUCCAUCUCAAGUGUUGGAUUGAUUUGGGGAGAUCAAAUUCAACCAGAAACUAGGCAAGGAGAGGCGUUCAACAGUGUUCUGACCUAUGCUCAAACUAUUACCAUGUUUUGCCUUGUUUAUUAUUGGAUUUUUCUUUCUAUUGGAACUAUGCAUCGAGUAUAUUCAAUCGUCACUGUGAAGUUCUUUUUGAAUCCUUUAUGGUGGUUUAUAAUUCCUAUUUGUUUAAUUUUACAAGCUCUCUAUACAUUUCUACACAUCAUUGCAUCAAGGCCUUCGAACGUACAAACUUGGCCAAAUUAUCCUUUCUAUGCUUACAUCAUUAUUUUACUCUUUCCUUUUGUAUUCAUUGCCUUAGAUGAGAUUAUCAAAAUUAGAGUACGAAGAAAGUUCUUUAACAAGCAGCAAAAAGCAAAACUCAUGUUUGACACAAAGCUUGGCAUGUAUUCACCAAAAUGA